AUGAGCUUAAAUGCACACUCCCUCUCCUCUCUCGUCUCCGACCCCUACUCCCCAGGUGUUGGCACAGCACCGCCUGUCGCUGCACUGCCGGCUCGGCUGGACCACAGCCACGAGCUCUCUGCUGCUGCGCUGAGGUGUGCUGCUGUACAGGCAGUGAUUCGAGUCUUGGCACAGCACCGUCCCUCGCUGCACAGCCUGCUGGACCACAGCGACGAGCUCUCUGCUGCUGCGCUGCUGCUGCUGGAGUGGCACUCGCUUAAGACACAUGAUCUCUAUUGUUCGCUUCCCCACUCACCUCUCCCCACCUCUUCCCCAUCGUCACCUCCCUGCUAUUCUUCCCAGGCGCCUCAUUCGGUGCUGCUGCCCUACUUGCGCGCCAAGCUGCAUGCCCUGUUUGCCGCCCGCCAGAGACAGAGGCAGGCCCGCGCGUUGUUUGCUUAUUAUCUCUCGACUACACCCCAUACCCGUUAUUGCACUCCAGGUGCUGCUGCCCUACCUGCGCGCCAAGCUGCAUGCUCUGUUUGCUGCCCGCCGAAGGCAGAGGCAGGCCCGCUCUUUAAGUCGAAUCAACUACACCCCAUACCCUCUACCACACGCCAGGUGCUGCUGCCCUACCUGCGGACCAAGCUGCACUCUCUGUUUGCUGCCCGCCAAAGGCAGAGGCAGGCCCGCGCACUGUGGGUGGGGGAGGACGAUGGGGGGGACGAUGGGUGGGGGGGAACGGGGGAGGUGGAGUGGGGGCGGGGGGGGGAUGGGGGAAAUAAUGCUGGUCUCGGGCAAGGGGAUGGGUAUGGUGGGGCCAUGGGAGGUGAAGAGCGCAGUGAGAGUGGCAGCAACCCUGGGAGCAUGGGCUCUGUUGGUUCCCUGCAUGGGCACGAGCAGCUAGAUGAUGGGUUGGGGACUGCUGGAUUGAGGGACGAAACGCCAGGGGGUGAGGGUGUGGCAGGAGCAGCAGCAAGAGUUACCGACGGGCGUGCGGAGGGAGGAGCAGGAGAGGAGGAGGUGGACGUGCAAGGGGGGCAGGUGGUGACAGGAGGGGCCACUGCUGGCAAUUCAGAUGCCAGGGACAAUGGGGGAAGGAGGAGCAGUGCGAUUGGCAGCAGCAGGAGCAGUGCGAGGGGCAGCAGGAGGUGGCGACAGGUGCUGCAUGUGCUGCGGUGGGUGCAGCGACGGGCUGUGAGAGGGGCCGCUGCCGCGUACCCCUGGGUGCAAGCACCGUAUGAAGGCGUGUGUCUGCUGUACCAGCUGCUCUACGUGAUGGAUGCCAUGCCUCACUACUCACCGUUGUCUGUGUCUGCUGUACCAGCUGCUCUACGUGAUGGACGCCACGCCGCACUACUCGCCCGUGCUGCACCUCCUCUCCCUCUCGCUGCGCCGAGCCACUACACAGGAGCUGGUGAGGCGGCAUGCACUCUCACAUCACCACAGGAGCUGACCCAUCGCCCCUCCCCUCCCACCGAGCUGGCCGAGGCAUCUUCCUCUAUCUCCACCCGCCGUCAGCGAGAGUUCGAGCGCCUCCCGGGGUCACCCGCAAUAAAGGCCGUGCAAGCAGCGCUCCUGAAAGCCCUCUACUUCACCAUGGACUAUGCCCAGACGUCUGUCAUCGCUGUGGUCUUUGCCUUCAAGAUGGCUGAGUGGUGGUACCAGACAGGCGAGCAGAAGCUCAGUGCUCCAACUGUGUACCCUCCGCCACCACCCCCACCACCGCCCAAGGCAAGCAUUCCCGUGCCUGCCGAUCGCUCCCUGUGUCCGCUCUGCCUCUGCCGUCGCACCAACCCCACUGCCCCUGCCACCUCUGGCUUCAUCUUUUGCUACCCCUGCAUCUUUGCCUACGUGGAUAAGUUUGGUCGCUGCCCCAUCACCCACCACCCCACCACUGUGGACCAACUUAGACGACACUUCCCCGACGCAUAG